AUGGUGUCCGGAAAAAAUAAUGAAACGGAAGGACUCGAUGGCAUUUGCUUCAACAUUUCGGAUGAGAAGUGGAUGACAAAUGGAGCCCAGCUCGAUAUGUUGGCCAGGAUUGGAAGUAAACUUUGUUCGCUGGGCCCCAUUGGCCUGAUCAAUUUUGGUGUAAGCGACGAACAUGUUGAAUUUGAUUGGACUGCUGUGGAAAAAGUGAUGGAUGCAAGGUUUAAGCGCAAGACAGAGCUGUUAAAAUCAUCAGAGCUAACUGUUUGGUACCAUCACAAGAAAGCCAGCGAUUUAGAUGAGUUACCAACAACGGCGCGUGAAAGCCCUUCAUCGGAUAAGGAAAAUCGUAGC